AUGUUUGCAGCCGGACAGCAGCCGGGAAUGCAGUUCCCUCUUGCACCAACUCGGGAUCCAGCCCAAGCCGACUCUGACAUGGCGGGCGUGCGCACAGCUCCGACGGAAUCACCAGACCGCGGCGGUCGGCGCCCAAACAACUCUGCCUGCUUCAAUUGUCGCUUGGCAAGACAGCGCUGCGAUAGGCAGACACCCUGCAAGCCGGACACGGUCGAGAAACUCCUGUCCCGGAUAAGUGAGAGCCCCGUAUGCGAUCAGGUCGUCGCAGCCAUCCUAGACUCCGCGAAGACCUCUGGCACCAACAGCGUCAGCCUCCUCGUAUCGCCGCGGGCAGCUCGUACGCAUGCAGCCAACGCUACUCGUGAUAUCCCUACGCCGACAACAGAGACGUCUUCGAGCCCCAAUGGCCUUCUUCACCCGCCCAAACCCAGGGACCAGCGUCUGGCCGAAGCCACGCAAGCGGUCGCCGAGAUCGACCUCCACGGCCACCUGGUAUCACCGCUGCACAUUCUCGCCGCCGCCGUGGGAGUCGACACCAACCCAUCCCAGGACUGCGAGUGCCCGAACGAGAGGCCCUGUUUCCACAAGCAGGUCAGCUGGAACAAGCUCGCGGACCCCGUGGACGAGAGAGUCUCCAAGUACUUUGCUCCACAGGCCACCCAUCGCACCGACUGGCAGGCCCUGGCAUCUCAGUCCGUGGACAGCACCAUGCGGCUGGAGCCCAGCGCGUGCGACCCCGUCACCGCGCGCCUGAUCGACGAGACCGAUGCCGCGCUGUACUUUAGUCUAUUCUUCGAGAUACGCCAGCCUUUCGCCUGCUUACUUGAUCCCGAGCUGCACACGCCAGAGCAGGUCUAUUCGCGGUCGUUCACAUUGUUCUCGGUGAUCUGCGCCAUGGGCUGCGCGGUAUCCGUACGGCCCCGCGACCGGAUACUAUAUCCUGCGCUCCUCUCGAUGGCCGAGAACAGCAUGAAGUGGGCCAUUGCCAGCGCAGUCAAGUGCCUCGCGGUGAUUCAGUCCAUCAUCAUCAUGCAGUACUGGGCGCCGCUCUGCCCGCGGCAGUCCGAUGAUCCAUCCUGGUUGCGGUUUGGCCAUGCGAUCCGGUUGGCCAAGGAGCUCGGCAUCAACAACAGUGCUACGAUCAAGGAGCGUGUCGAUAUGCUGUGCCCUGACGGGAGUGACGACUUCAAGGCUCGACUGACCCGGAAUUUCGAAAGAGCUUGGCUGCACACCUUUGUCACGGACAAGGGCUUGAGUAUGAUCACGGGGCGCAGCUCUUGUCUCUCGUGGAAGCAGAUCCCUCGAGCGGUGGGCGACUGGUGGCGCGAUCCGAAUGCCACGAUAUACGACAGGCUCAUCUCUGGGUGCUCCGAGAUGAGACGGCUUCUGACGCAUGUGCUGGGGCAAGGGAAGCGUUCGGAACGCACUUCGUCGGCCAUUUCAGCUUGGCACUCACAAGCUCUGAGGGCCCUCGAGCAGCUUCGCUCGGCUCGUUGCACGCCUGACGAGCACCCCUCGGCUACCUUGCUUCCUAUAUUGGGCUUCAACAUGGACCACAGCAUCCUGAUCCUGAACGCACAAGCGUCUAGAGACCUGGUCAACGUUGACGAGGCAGUGACUUCGGAGAAAUUUAUGAAGAUUUCGCUAAAGACCGUCGAGGUGGCCGAGAGGAUGCUCAACGCCUUGCUCUCGGAGAGGGUAAUCGUAGAUCGCGUCGUUGGUCUUCACAACAAUCAGUUUAUCGCUAUCUGCCACGCAAUGACCGAGAUCAUGAGCGCCAUUGACCGCGGAGGACUCAAACAAGAGGACGUCGACAGGAGCGCUUCGACGGUGAGGCUCAUCCCGAAGCACCUCGAGAAGGUCGCGCAGGGCCUCCCGUCCUCCUCGGUCGUGCACCUGUACGUCAGCCUAUCCCGCUUCUUCGCGAAGCAGCUCGACCGCCUGCAGGCCGCGGACGCCGGCGGCGGCGCCCCGGGGCGGGCCGCGAACGAGCUGGACCGCGCCCCGGGCGAGUGGUGGAAGGCCAUCGACGACGGGGCCAUCGACUUUGGCACGUGGCUCAACAUGGGCUUCCUCAGCACGCCGGACAACGGCGCGCCGUUCAUGGAAGGGAUGGAGGAGACGGACGAGUCUUUUUUCAAUGACCUGUCGGGGUUUUAA